AUGGCAAUUUCACGUCUUAUCAUUGUGGCGUUUAUGGUCACAACACUAAUUUCUGCUGCAUCCGCCGUUCCUGGGAUUGCCACAUACUACACAGUAUAUGUCCCCUCAGCAUGCUAUGGGUACCAAGACCAAGGCACGAUGAUUGCUGCAGCAAGUCCGGACCUAUAUAACAAUGGAGCAAUAUGUGGAACAAGGUUCAGCGUUUCGUGCACAGGACCUGCAGGGGCAUGUAAGGGUGGUAGCGUGACUGUGACGGUCGUCGAUCUCUGUCCCGGCUGCCCAUCGAACGGCCUCGAUCUCUCUCUUGAAGCCUUCUCUGCCAUUGCUAAUCCUGAUGCUGGGAGAAUCAACAUCGACUUCACUCAGUAA